AAGGGCCAACCGUGGGGGGUCUGUUCCCACCUAGAAGCAGCUUCCCGGCUCCUUCUGGAACCUCUGUCAGGUUCAGCCUACUCGCUUCCACUCCAGCCUUCACUCCGGCCUCCACCAUGUCCAUCAGGGUGACCCAGAAGUCCUACAAGAUGUCCACCUCUGGCCCCCGGGCCUUCAGCAGCCGCUCCUACACGAGCGGGCCUGGCUCCCGCAUCAGCUCCUCUGCCUUCUCCCGGGUGGGCGGCAGCAGCAGCAGCUUCCGGGGUGGCCUGAGCAGCAGCAUGAGUGUGGUCGGGGGCUACGGCGGCGGCGUGGGGGGCAUCACGGCUGUCUCAGUGAACCAGAGCCUGCUGAGCCCCCUUAAGCUGGAGGUGGACCCCAACAUCCAAGCUGUGCGCACCCAAGAGAAGGAGCAGAUCAAGACCCUCAACAACAAAUUUGCCUCCUUCAUCGACAAGGUGAGGCACCUGGAGCAGCAGAACAAAAUUCUGGAGACCAAAUGGAGCCUCCUACAGCAGCAGAAAACCGCUCGGAGCAACAUAGACAACAUGUUCGAGAGCUACAUCAGCAACCUCCGGCGGCAGCUGGACACCCUGGGCCAGGAGAAGCUGAAGCUGGAAGUGGAGUUUGGCAACAUGCAGGGGCUGGUGGAGGACUUCAAGAAUAAGUGAGCUGCCCUCCUUCCCGCUGCCCCCUACCUGACUGAAGUCCUCCGAUCCUGCCUAAGACCACGUGGCCCCCUGCCUGUUGGGCAGUGCAGUCCUGUAUAAUUACGGUGACCAGAGGACCAGGUUUUCCAGGACAGUCUAGCUUUAUGCCCGUUGUCCAUGAUUGUUAAUAGCACCCACCCCCUUUCAAUCUCAGAACUGUCUGGAUUUGGACAACAAAUUUUAUGUUAAUAUGUACAUAGUAAACCUAAGGUGGGAAAGCCCUCUGUUGUAUACUUACA